AAUUGCAUGAGCAACUUUCCGUGCAUUUAGUUAAGAAGUGCAGAACCCUUUACAUCUUUACUCAAACUAUAAUGAUGUUGUAUUUGAUUAUUCUUUUGCAAGUCUUGCUUGUGGGGAUCAAUGGUAUAAAGAUUAUGCAGAUGGAAACUCUGUGCUCUAGCAGUGCAUGCUACACAGUACAUCUCGAGAAGGUUGAUUUUGAAAGGGCUUUGGAGAAUUGCAAAACUAACGGAGGAAAUUUGGCAACGGUAAAGAACAGUGAAGAGGAAUCAGAGCUGCAGUUACUCCUGUCUAGAAUCAGCGCUGAACAGUCAACUGACAGCCUUCAAUUCUGGAUCGGGCUUCAUCUCAGAAAGGGAGACUGUACUCAUGCCCUCUCACCCUUGAAAGGUUUUGCUUGGUUAUCUGUAGAUGAAGUCGCACAUUAUUCUAACUGGAAAGAAGACCCGAUGACCACAUGCACAGCUCAGAGGUGUGUGACUCUACAAUAUAACCAGUUCUCUGUAAACAGUGACAACUUCAAGUGGUCUGAUAGGACAUGCAAGAAGGAUGCAGAUGGGUAUCUUUGCAAGUUUAAUUUCAAAGGAAUGUGCAAAACUAUACAUCUUGCGGGACCUGGGGAGGUUCUCUACACAACGCCGUUUGUCACCAAGCCCUUAAAUUCCAGCACUGCGUUCUUACCCCUGGUACCCCAUGGUACUUUUGCAAGUGUGUACUGUAAAGAAGAAAAUAAUUUGUAUGGUAUCUGCACCAACAAGGAUGGGUUAUUUGGCUGGACAAUUUCUGGCCCAUUUUGCGACUCUCAUAAGUUGGGCUGCAGUUUCAGAAACGGGGAGUGCGAUCACAUCUGUGUUGACGAAGGUGCUGGAAGGCAUCGUUGUGAAUGCAAUGAUGGGUACCAGCUUGGGGAAGAUAAACUGUCCUGUAUAAUCAGGGAUUAUUGCCAACCAUUACCUUGCGAAUACCAGUGUAUUGCACAUUUUAAAGGAUUUGAAUGUAAAUGUCCUUCUGGGUUUGAACUCGCUGAUAACCAAAAGAACUGCACUGACAUCGACGAAUGUUUAAACAGACCUUGUGAUCAGUCGUGCAUAAACACACAUGGGAGUUUCACCUGCCAGUGCACAAACGAAUAUGAAUUAGUCAGCGGGAGAUGUCAUGAUGUAGACGAGUGCAUUACGCCUGUGUGCUCUCAAGGCUGCCUAAACUCACCCGGUUCAUUCUCCUGUUACUGUUCUGAGGGAUACACAUUGGCAGAGAAUGGACAAUCGUGUGUUGAUAUUGAUGAGUGUCAAGGCUAUACUAACCCUUGUGAAGAUAUUUGUAAAAACAGUCCUGGUAGCUUUAAGUGUUCCUGCAAGGAAAAAUUCACAAUCGCACCAGAUGGAGUCUCUUGCAUUCCAGAACAGAAUCUGGAAGCCACGACAAUAGCAGCUGAAGGAACGAAUAGACCUGUGAACAUACCUAAUAAUAAAGAUAAUCUUGUGACAGCGACUCUAGCACCAGCAUUUACUUCUGGUGGUAUUUCUAGCUCAGAAAUAAAUCAAAUUGAACUAACACGCACCACAGAUCAACAGUGGCAAAUCUCCACAACCGCAACAGUUAAAAGCUAUCCUCCUAAUGAAGAGCAUCACGAUCCAUUCAAUGAAUCUGGGAAUCAGGAACAUCUUGUUAAUGGUGCUGACAAAUCAUUGGUGCUGGCUUCUGUGCUGGGGCCCGUUGUUGUCUUAUUACUUUUAAUUGCUGCUGUCACCUCCUUGGUAUUAUGUCGUCGCAAAGCUCUCAAAAAAGAUGCAAAUAAGGGAAAAACUGCCACAGACAACUACUGCUGGAUGUCAUCUGGAAAUAAAACAACAAUCAGACAGACUAAAGACUGUCCAACAGAGCAUGUAUAAUAGCUUAGGCACUAACUGUAGUUUUAAAAGAAGCCAAUAUAUUGUACCAUUCUAGUAAUUAUUAAUACAGGUAAAAAGGCAUUUAAGCAUCGGCAAAAUGCCCACAACACUCGUACAAUGGUCUACUACUAAAUUGUACAGCAUUAAAAUGUUAACGCCUGUGUUCAACCAAAAUACAGUACUGCACUGCAAAAGAAACAAAAACAAAAAAAAACUAUGUUACAGUAGAAAAAAACAAGCAACGCAGACUACUUUAUUAAGCAUGUGGCAUUCAUAUUUUGUUGUCGUUGUUGUUGAGGAAAGCACCUUUUAAAUGUAAAUGAUCUUAAUUAUACAUUUAAAAAGUGUGAUAAUUUGAUGUUGUAGCCCUUAAUGUAGUGCAAUAACCAUGUAAUACAUAGUUUUAGAAGAACUGAAAAUAGUAUGUUAAAGCAGACUCCUAUUAUUUUGUCAAUUUGAAAGCUAUGCUUUAUUUCUGAUACACUGGCUUUUGUAGCUGAAAUAAUUACAGAAAUAAAUAAAAUAAAAUUUAAAAAAAGCUAAAACUCUUUUGAGACAUUUUCGUUAUUUAUAUCAAGUGCCUAAUGUUCUUCCAGCAGUACAGAUCACACUGCAUUUACUGUACCUAGCCUUACAUUAGGUAAGAUUGUAGUGUAAUGUGUGCAAAUCAGGGUCUAUGAACCAGCUCUAUACAUUGCAUUUAUGAAUGCUGAAAUAUUUGUGGUUACAGCAGACCUCUUCUUAUUUCCUGAUUUUUAUUGGCAUGAACAUUUUUCCAUUUCAUUUUGACCUAUUUUUUAUUUAGAUACUUUUACAAAGAUUUAUUAUUUAGUUGUUAUAAAAUAUAAAACAAUGUUUCCAUAUCCUGCCUUUGUGGGUUUGAUUAAAAAAAAAAAAACAAAAAAAGAAAAAACCUCCCAUGUGCAAUUAUUGAACUCUGUAAACAGGACACUGCAGCUGAAAGCUAUUGUGGCCCAUAACAAUCAAUGUACAAAUGGCAGUAAUGAAGACAAUAGAGCCAUGUGUUAUUGUAUAUACCUACUCUAAUUAAGAGGACAUGUGUACUGUGUACCUUGGAGAACAUGUUUAUUGGCAUAGAGGAGAUAGUUUAAACAGUUUUUCUGUCUGUCAUCUCAGAGUUUUGAAUAUAGCUAGUAAACCCCUUGCCCAAUUGUGAUGAAAGGACCUACUAUAGCACAAGGUAGUAAGUGUAUCAUAAUGUCAGGGCAUAGAGAGGUUGUCUGUCCUUCAGACCGUCUGUCACAGUUACAUUUUUAAAUAUAUCUAGAGAAGGGCUCCUCCAGUUGUGGUGAAAGUGAAAAGGACAUUCUUUAACAAAAAUGUAAUAUGAGAUUAUCAGAAUCUGGAGGUGGGGGCACUGUGAGUGAAUGUUAUGUUAUCUGACCUGA